GUGAGCAGUGGUGUGUGAGAGCUGGCCGAUUCUUGGAUCCUUCCAUCAGCCCACUGAGUAGCAGCUUCCUGGAGCUAUUCUGUUCCUUCAGGAGCCUCAGCAGAUCCCUGUCAGAACUUGCUGCCAAGAGCCCUGAACAGGCACCACCAUGAAGUGCUUCAAAUUCAUUAAAGUCAUGAUGAUCUUCUUCAAUCUACUCAUCUUUCUGUGUGGUGCGGCCCUGUUGGCUGUGGGCAUCUGGGUGUCUGUUGAUGGAUCGUCCUUCCUGAAGAUCUUUGGGCCACUAUCGUCCAGUGCCAUGCAGUUUGUCAACGUGGGCUACUUCCUCAUCGCCGCUGGCACUGUGCUCUUCGUUCUUGGUUUCCUGGGCUGCUACGGUGCUCAUUCGGAGAACAAGUGUGCGCUCAUGAUGUUCUUCCUCAUCCUCCUCCUCAUCUUCAUUGCUGAGAUUGCAGCUGCUGUUGUCGCCUUGGUGUACACCACAAUGGCUGAGCAAUUCCUGACAUUGCUGGUUGUGCCUGCCAUCAGGAAAGACUACGGUUACCAGAAUGACUUCACCCAAGUGUGGAACUCCACCAUGAACGGGCUCAAGUGCUGUGGCUUCAACAACUACACAGAUUUUGAAGACUCACGCUUCUUCAAAGAGAAUCAUGUCCUUCCUCCAUCCUGUUGUAUCGACUCUGUCAAUGGCACAGUUAAGGAACCUUGCACUAUGGACAUAGCCCAGGAAAUACAAGUACAGGGAUGCUUCAAACAACUUCUGCAUGACAUCCGAACCAAUGCAGCUACUGUAGGUGGCGUAGCAGUUGGAAUUGCAGGACUGGAGCUGGCUGCUAUGAUUGUAUCCAUGUACCUGUAUUGCAAUCUGCAAUAAGAUGCUUCUGAGUCCACCAUUGCUGAUGCAACAUGGCAGCCAGGAAGAAGCAGCUUGGCACUGCUAAACAGCAGUGAUCACAGUAGAGAUGAAAUCUAACAAUGUCACUUGGAUCGGAGUGGACUUGUCUUUGCUGCUCUGGACUUGGAGCUAAAUAAGGACCAUCCCAUUUAAGCUGUGUGUCUGAUUUUCCUCUCUAUUUGUGUUGGCUGGGAUGGGACCCAUGUGUUCCAGAGCCUGUAAGGCAGCUAGCUCUUCUGCCCAUCCCCCAUGUCUGUUCUUCAACCUCUGACAUGCCCCUAGGACAAGGGGAGCUCUUGAUGAUCCCAGUACUCCACUGGUGGAUGAGAGAAAGGCAGUAACUGCCUGGGCAUAUUCAAACUCAGAAUACUUCAAAACCUACAAAUCAAUUAAAGUAUUUCUAUUUGGA